AUGAUUAGUCUAAAUUUUUCAGUUGUGGUUUUGUCGAUCUUAUUAGUUUUAAUUCCAUGUGCACUCUCACUCAACUCAAAUUCAAUCGACUGGUGUGAAUAUUGGGCACGGGUUGGUAAAAAAGUAAGUAUCAAAGCUCUUCGUAACGCUUUUCUUGAACAGGUCGCUGACCAAAAUGAGUUUUUGAAGACCGAUCGACCGGAAUGUGCAGGAUACGAACUACCAAGUGGCUUCAAACGAACUGAAACCUUUUCCUGCUCCAAAACUGAAAUCUACAACUGUCUGGAUUGUGAACCAACUUGCCAUAACCUGGUUCCUAAAUGCCGCAAGGUACGACGAACGUUUGCCACCGUUUUUACGAUUCGCGACACGAGAGUACAGCGUAGUGUUCAGGAACAAUGCAACAAAGGAUGUGUUUGUAAGAAUGGAUUGGCGAGAAAUUCAGAAGGAAAAUGUGUUACACUUCGGGAAUGUGCUGCUCAAUCUCCCCCGAAAAAUGAUUCUGUGAAAGUAGAUGAGGAAGAUGGAACUGUGAUGAAAACAGUAAAAAAGAUGGUUCCUGUUAUUGUGAAUGAUGUCUGGAAAGCUCUAUUCCAUUCUAUCAGCACUCCAGAUGGCAAUGGUUCUAACAACAGAACAAAGGAGGUCAUAACUCCAGUGCUGACACCCGUUGAACAAGAAUCGAGAAGAGAGAAUUUGGUCGUCACUGCUCCGACUGGAUCAGAAAUCAAGGACGAGAAACAUCCACAGAAAGGAUUUUACAUUGAUUAUCCUUAA